UUGACCAACAAAAUCAGGAGAGCACUACUAUAUAUACUGUGCUUAUACUGUGACAUCAGUUGAAUCAAUCGUUUGAAAGUCGUGUAGCCUACAAUGAAUGAUAUAGAACGUUUUAUAAGAGUUAUGCAAGAAAAAAGGUUGGCUAAUCAGCGUGAAUUAGAAUGUCUUGAUGAAGAGUCUAGUGAACAUAAAGAAUUAAUGAAGGAAUUGCGAGACUUGAGAAGGGAGACAGAACAAUGCAAGGAAAACAUCACAAAACAUCUCAAUAUGAUAACAUCACACAAACAUUCUGUACAUAAAAUAGUACAUUCUACAAGCAAUAUUUCAGGCUUACCUGUAUCACAUGAUUAUGCACAGUAUAAAAAUAAUGUGAAUCCUUCAAAAUUAAUUCAAGAUGUGACAAUGUGCACAGAAGUUAUAGAAAACAAGUUAUAUCAAACAAAGUGCAGUAUUGCCCAGCUGGAAACAUUGAAGGAAAAUAUAGUAGUACUCCAACAUCUCUUAGAUAGUAGUAAUAAUAUUGAAGGUAAUCUCUUGUUUAUAAUCAAUAUUUAG